GUGCGCAUCCCUACCUGAAAUGUGUUGUGUGUGUUGGUGAGAUUUUUUAAGAAGAAUUUAUAAUAAAAUUGUUUUUUAAAAUGGCUAGUGCAAUUAACAAACAAUACUUUGUUGUUGAAUUUCCCAAAGAAAGGAAAGACGGGAAUACUCCAAUGGAAGUAAUUCCCUGCUCUUGGCUCAUUGAAGAAGAUGGCCUUUGGCCAAAUAAUCUAAAAAGUAACGAGUUUAAGAGGGCCGUCCAAAACAAAACCACUAUCCCAGUACGAGAAUGUUUGUUAUGUCCCAUAAACAUAAAGUUUAAAACAAAUAAUUAUGAAAGAGCAAUUGAAAAAGUAAAAAAAUUAGAAAUUAAUGAGACAAAUAGCUCAUCUGCAGUUAGUGAUGAUUUAGACUCACCAGGAAAUCAAACUACAAAGAGAAGAAUAAAAAGGAACACACUUUUAAAUGAUUUUGAAUCUAACAUAAGUGAAUCAUCAGAUGAUGACAUUCCUUUUAUACCAAAAUUGCCCACAUCAGGUACAGCUAAGCGAGCCACUUUCAAGAUUUUUGAUGAGGAAAAUUCUGUUUCCAAUGCAAAUAGUAAUAGUUCACAGAUUACACUAGAUGACACAUUGACUGGGAACCAAAAUGAUGAACAAAUUCAAACAUUUUUUCAAUUGUUGGAGUGUACUCAAAAAAUGUCCUGCAAACUAGACAAAAUGAUGACCAAAAUUGAAGUGAUUUCGAAGGAAAUGCAAUAUUUAAGAAUCCUAGUACAAAAAAAUAAUAGUUCCAGUAAUAAUAUACAGGAUGUUGAUAACCAAAACUUAAAAAAUUUGCCCGCAGUUAACCAUAAUAAUUUAAUUGAAUUUGACAAAGCAUUAGAUAACCAGGAGGUAUUUGCUGAUAUUUGCACUAUUUUCAAAGCUGUAGGAGGAAGAGAUUAUUUGGAUUGUGUAAGAAGAGUUCUAAUGAAAACAGUCUCUCAUACAUUAGCGUUACAAAUGAAUUGGUCAGGGCGAAACCAAAAACUUAAAUUUAUGGAACUAAAAAAUUUAAGAAAAAUGAUAUUAGCAGUGGUCCGAAAUAAUCCAUUAUCAAAAAAUACCUCUGAACAAGAGGUAGAGGCUGUUAUAAAACAGUGGUUGCGAGCUGCAAGUGACAGAGAGGGAGGCAGAGAAAGGAGAAGACCACUCACGCAAUAACAUUUAUUAAAAUAUUUUUGGCAUUUUACAUAACAUUUUUUUUAAUACAUUUUUCAGAAUAAAAUUUUGAUUUUUAACAGUG